CGGCGAGGGCGGAGGCGGGGCUCCCUUCCGCCCGCACCCGUCAUGGCGGCGCGGCGGCGCCGUGCGCAUGUGCGGGGCUCCAUGGCGAGACAAGGGGCCGAGCGCGCGCAGGGCGGCCCGGCGCGGCGAGGGCUGUGAAAGCCGGGAGGCUCAUCUGCGACUGCCCCGCUGAUGCCUGACGGAGCAGAGCGAUGAAGGGGCAGCAGAAAGCAGCCGAGACGGAAGAGGGAACGGUGCAAAUCCAGGAAGGUGCAGUGGCCACAGGUGAGGAUCCCACCAGCGUCGCCAUUGCCAGCAUCCAGUCCGCAGCCACCUUCCCCGACCCCAACAUCAAGUAUGUCUUUCGUACAGAGAACGGCGGGACGCAGCCGCGGCUCUCUCAGCAGGUGAUGUACAGGGUGAUCCAAGUGGCCGACGGACAGCUGGACGGACAGACGGAAGGCACCAGUGCCAUCAGCGGCUACCCUGCCACCCAGUCCAUGACACAGGCCGUCAUCCAGGGCGCCUUCACCAGUGAGGAUGCGGUGGAGACGGAGGCCACGGCCACCGAGACUCACUACACCUAUUUCCCCACCACGGCUGUGGCCGACACCAGCACCUCUGCUGGCGCGGGGACUACGGCCACCGCUGUCGUCACCACGCAGAACUCGGAGGCCCUCCUGGGGCAGCCCACCCCCACGGGGCAAUUCUUUGUGAUGAUGUCACCCCAGGAGGUGCUGCAGGGCGGAGCGCAGAGGUCCAUCGCCCCCCGCGCCCACCCCUACUCCCCGAAGUCGGAGGCGCCACGAGCCACCCGGGAUGAGAAGCGCCGGGCGCAGCACAACGAAGUGGAGCGCCGUCGACGGGACAAGAUCAAUAACUGGAUCGUGCAGCUCUCCAAGAUCAUCCCCGACUGCUCCAUGGAGAACACCAAGUCGGGGCAGAGCAAAGGUGGGAUCCUCUCCAAAGCCUGCGACUACAUCCAGGAGCUGCGGCAGAGCAACCACCGCCUCUCCGAGGAGCUGCAGGGCCUCGACCAGCUCCAGAUGGACAACGAGGUUUUGCGGCAGCAGGUGGAGGAUCUGAAGAACAAGAACCUGAUCUUGCGGGCGCAGCUCCGCCAGCACGGUGUGGAGAUCGUCAUCAAGAACGACAGCCACUGACGGGGACGGCAGGGACGGGGACUGGCGGGGGGACGGGGGUCACCCCCCGCCUCCUUCCCCCCCCUCUCUGCGCCUAAGCCCCCCCUCCCCCCCGGCAGCGAGCACCUCCCCGGCGUGACAUGAGGACCCUCCCGUUUGGUUUGUGCCCCGCCCCCCCCCCCCCCUUUGCCCCCCUCCGUGUCCUCGGGGCGCCCCUGUCACUGCGCCCCCCCCAGCCCCAACGUUGCCCCCCAGCCGCCCCGCGCUUCGUGCACACGCUCUCGGCCAGGCGGGCGCCGGCCCCGCUGCCCCCCCCAGCACUGCCUCGGUCUCCCGGACCCCCGCCUGCGCCCGCGACGCCCCCCCCCCCCCCCCCCCCCACUUCCCCGGGGGACCGUCCCCUCCCCGGGGGGCUGCGGCGCCUCUCACCCCUCCCUGUUGGCCCCGGGCAGCCGCUGGGGUCCCGGGGGUCCCGGGGUGCCGUGGCCCCCCGCUCCCUGCCCGCUGCGGCUGGCCCGGCCCAGUGGGGUCAGACUUUUUUUUAAAACUCUCUGAAUUUAAAAAGCGAAAAUAAAUAAAAAUAGUGA